AUGGCUAUAUGCAUGGGUUUCAACAUAGCAACCGCAUUCAAAUCCCUUUCCUUAUCUUCUUCAUCGUCUUCAUCUUCAUCUUCCUUUUUAUCCGGUUCCUCCACUCUUCGUUUCACUCCAUCACUAUCUCUCCCUCGGAUUCACAGGUCGGUGCUUACCAUCCAGAAUGCUCACAAGAAAGGAGCCGGAAGUACCAAAAACGGCCGUGACUCCGCCGGGAAACGGCUCGGAGUCAAGGUUUAUGGUGACCAGGUCGCUAAACCUGGUUCCAUCAUCGUUCGCCAACGCGGAACCAAGUUUCAUGCAGGAAAGAAUGUGGGGAUUGGUAAGGACCAUACAAUUUUCUCCCUGAUUGAUGGAGUUGUAAAAUUUGAGAAAUAUGGGCCCGACAAGAAAAAGAUCAGUGUUUACCCACGAGAAGUUACGCCUCCGAACCCCGAUAGCUAUAGAGCAAGGAAGAUAGAGUACUUCAGGAUGAGGCGUGAGCGCAAAAAAGCUGCACAAGAAAGAAGAGCGUUUCAACCGCAGCUGGUGCUUGCUUCAGUUGAUGAUGCCGCUGAUGACGCCGCAUUAACUAAUGUAGAUUGUUGA